AUGUCGCGACUUACGUCCCGGGUGGAGUCGCUCACGGAUGCCGAGACGCCUGCCUGGGAUGAAUUAAGCGACGGCCCAAAGGGUAACGGUGGCAUAUCGCCUCAGCUACGAGAGAUACGCGGGCUGGGUGUGCUCACCGAGGAGGAAGACGAACACCAUAAGCACAGCCAGGCCGAAGCUGCCGAUGCGAAGCGUCCUGAUGUGGUCAAGAAGAGCAGCGGGAGUAGUGGACCCAGCUAC